CCGCGACCCAAGAAUCACUCCGCCCAUUCAUCAAACCACCCCACCACAACAUCACGCUGCAACGAUCCUUCGAGACGACGGUGACACCUGAGAGGCUUACGCGUCAUUUUUUUUCUUUACCGAAAAGUCGAUAAUACAGCACAAAGAAAACCCCACAAGCCCAGCAUGGCGUCGUCAACACAAACUGCCCCUCAGAAGAAGGAGGACAAGCCCGCCGACCAGACAUCCAAGCUCGAGACCCAGCAAAAAUCAGCGGCGCUUGAGGAGGACGACGAGUUUGAGGACUUUCCAGUCGACGACUGGGCAAUGGAGGAGACGGAAGCUGGCGCGAGCAACGACGCCGCCCAGAAGCACUUGUGGGAGGAGUCAUGGGACGACGACGACACAAGCGACGACUUCUCUCAGCAGCUCAAAGAAGAGCUGAAGAAAGUCGAGGCUUCGAAGAGGAGAUGAGCAGCGGGUUGAUGAGUAUCACGGGCGUUUCCCUGGGCACACGGUAUAGCACGGGACGCAGCCACAAAGUAUCGUGGCUACAAGAAAAGGAUAGACACAGUUGUCGAGCGGGAAUAAACCGCCACCCAAAUAACAUCGUAAUAGACGCCGUCAGAAUUUCAUCGCCAAUGACCCUGUAUCAAACCGGAAUGACUUGAGUGUAUAUGUCAUGGA